GUUGUCCCCCUCGGGGUCAGCGAAACCACUAGUGGCGCCCCCGUUGGCGGUUUCACCCCCCACCCUCAACCGUGGCGAUUCAGGGAGCCUCUUCCCGUCGUUGCGGUGGCGAAGCUCCGUCGACUUUAGGCAUUGAGAGCUGGCCGUCUCCUUUAAGAGAGGGGGGCUGGGCUUCCAGUGACCUCUCCGUAUGCCCGCCCCUUCCUGGUUGCCAUAGCGACUGGCUGCUGGCGUCCUAAAAUGGCGUCCCUCCUCGCAGAUACUUUGUUCGAGGCGCGAGGACAGGCCCCGGCGCCCAGCAAGGACUUCUACCAGCUCAUUGUUACUAGGAAGGAAGUAAUUUUCAGGUGGUGGAAAAUUUCUCUUCGAAGUGAAAAUCGUCAAACAAAACCUGGAGAACUCAAAGAAUCUCAUGAAGACUUUCUGGAUGACCCUUCUCUCCAAAUUCAAAUAGCCAUCGUAUUUGGAGGAGAUACUCUGGAACACACCUUCAAUAUGUGUCGGGGUAAUUUUGAUUUCCUGGUGCGACUCCCUGAUGCAUUGCUUCUAUACAUCAUAUCCUAUUUGGAUCUAGAAGAUAUUGCUACACUUUCUCAAGUAUCUCACAGAUUUGAAACGUUAUGCAACUCUGACAAGUUAUGGGAGAUGGUUGUGCAAAAUUUAUCGGGCACAAUUACCCCAGAUAUGAGAUCACUGGCACAAGAUGUGGGCUGGAAGCAGUUCUUCUUCACUAACAAGACUCAACUACAGCUCCAACUCCGAAGGAGACAGAAAAGAAGUAAUUCAGCAGAAAGUCUGUCAGAUUAAAGGAAUGUUCUUCCUAGCUGGUGGCAACUGUUGUAAGGUGUGGAUUUGUUCAGAUAAAGUGUCUUAAUUUGUUUUCUGGAACAAAAAAUCUGGCUGGAGAUUUCAAUGAGCAUGGAGCUUACCUUGGUAGCCACCCUUUAUUAGUGACGUGCAUGAAAACCUUUCCCAUUUCAAUAUUCCAUACACUUUUGUUGAGUAGAAAAUUCAUUCAUUUAUUUACAGUACAUUCAUUUUUAUUACACACAACUUUUUUUCAUCUUCUUGUAUUUUACUUCCAUUAUUGGGAGCUAAUUUUCAUGGCCAAUUCUUGAUGACCUCCAUUUUAUUUUCCCAGAAUGGCCUAGGUGUUGUAUUGUCCCAGGGAACUGAGAAAGGGCAUAAGCCGCUCCUAC